UGAGAAUCUGAGUUUGUCCCCUUUUACAGCUUUAGAUACUUACCAAAGUGCUGCGUUCUAGAGUCCCCUACGCGUUAACACACCGCCGCUAGCCUCCUGUAUCACCUGAAAACCCUUUUAUAAUAAACGAUGUAUAUUUGGGCCGGACAUCUUAGUGGCGACACUAGAGAAGCCGAAAAAUUCACCAUCAAUGGCAGCUCGCCAUCAGCACAGAAUCAGACAGAAGGAAAGUACCUGGUACGUAGUGUGGCCAUUCCAGACCAGAUGACAUAUAACACCCACCCCUUCCUUCCUCGAGCAUAAGUAAACAGACACACACACACACACACACAAAAUUUCCACCGACAGGCAUACAUCUACAAUGGCUGCAGCCACCUUCUCAACCGUCUCCCUGACGGUGCACGACCACCCCCUCCAACUCUCCACAAUCCACCGCCCCGGCCCGAAACCCGCCAUCCUCUUCCUCCACGGCUUCGGCUCCUGCAAAGAAGAUCUACAUGAUCUGGUCUACCUCCCUUCCCUGCGCGACCACACCUUCAUCGCCUACGAUGCCCCGGGCUGCGGCGCCUCGCAGCACGAGGGCCCCAGCGCCGACCUGACCAUCCCGUUCCUCGUGGCCACCGCCCAGGCCGUGCUCGUCCACUUCCACGUCUCCUCGUUCUACCUGAUCGGCCACUCCACCGGCGCUCUGACCGCAUUGAUGCUCGCCAGCGCUCUCCAACAACAAUCCCAACCUCAGAAAUUCCACACACGCUCACACUCACAAUCCCAAUCCCAAUCACAGCAAACCCUCAACCUCCUUGCCUUCAUCAACAUCGAAGGCAUCCUCUCCCCGGAAAAUUGCCCCUUCUCCCGCACCCUCUUCACAUCCCUGACCUCCCCCGCCCACACGCAAGACCAAGAAGACCCUCUCCAGACCCUCACCACCGCCCUCACAUCCACCCUCCCCCCAACCUACACCACCGGCUACGGCACCACCCAAUUCACCACCCUCCUCCCGCACCGCAUCCAGUCCCCCGCCAUCAUCCCCCUCGUGGCCUCCACCGUCGAGCUCUCGUGGAAGAAUCUUCUGGGCAGGUUCAUCCGCCUCUCCUGCCCCGUGAUGUUCAUGUUCGGCGACCAGAACCGCAACCUGUCGUUUCUGGGCCAGCUCGAGGAGAAUAGCGUCGAGCUGGUGCGCAUCCCCAUGUGUGGCCAUUUCCCAAUGAUUUCGAACCCGGCGAAGAUGUUGAGGCGCGUGGAGGGGUUUUUGAGGGAUUG